AUGGCCAUGUUCAGCCAAAACCCGGUCCUGAAUGGCCCCAACUAUUCGUUGUCUGACGUCCCCAGACAAGCUGGCGCGCCCCGCGAGCACCGCUUCAACCCAUAUACCGACAACGGCGGCUCGACCCUGGGCAUCGCCGGCGCCGACUUCACCAUCAUGGCCGGCGACACGCGGCACACGAGCGGCUACAGCAUCAACUCGCGCAUGGCGCCCAAGGUCUUCAAGAUUGGCGGCACCAACGCCUCGCAGGAUGAUGCCACCAUCGUGCUCUCCGUGUGCGGCUUCGCCGCUGACGGCGACGCCCUGCGCGACCGCCUCGACACCGUGUGCAAGAUCUACCGCCACCGCCACGGCAAGCCGAUGACGCUCAACGCCUGCGCCAAGCGCCUGUCGACCAUCCUCUACGGCAAGCGCUUCUUCCCCUACUACACGCACGCGCUGCUCGGCGGCCUCGACGAGGAGGGGCGCGGCGCCGUCUACUCGUACGACCCGGUCGGCAGCUACGAGCGCGAGCAGUGCCGCGCCGGCGGCGCCGCGGCCAGCCUCAUCAUGCCCUUCCUCGACAACCAGGUCAACUUCCACAACCAGUAUGUGCCCGGCAGCGGCGAGGGCCACGACCUCCAGGAGCGCCCGCGGAAGCCCCUCGAUCGCCCGACGGUCGAGACCAUCAUCAAGGACGCGUUCGACGGCGCGGCCGAGCGCCACAUUGAGGUCGGCGACUCGCUCCAGAUGCUCAUCGUCUCCAAGGACGGCAUCGAGGAGGUUUUUGUGCCGCUCAAGAAGGACUAA